GCAACGCGCUUCCGGUCUCGGAACCUGCGCGGAGCGACGUGAUUACGCUAGGGAAGUCUCGGGGAUAGUCCGCGGCCAUGAAAGCAGUUUUGGAGGUCGCGUAGCCCAGUGUAGUCGUAUAUCAAGGACGUAUUGGUGUCAUAGAUCAUCUUUUGGCCAGUAGAACGCAAAGAAAACCAGCAUAACGAAAAACGGUGACGCGAUGGCUGUCGUCACCGAGUUGAUCUCGCAGAUCGCAUUUGAUGACUUUGUCGAGUCCAAGAAUCUUUCCGUAAUACACUUCUACGCAACCUGGCUUGAGCAAUGCACUCAAAUGGAUGAAGUGCUCGAAGAGAUGAACAAGUUGGAGGAGUACAAAGAAGUGAAAUUCGCUAGACUUGAAGCAGAGACUAUACCCGAAGUGUCUCUGAAGUGUGAAGUGGUGGUUGCGCCCACAAUCAUUUUGCUGCGGAAUAGUCGUGUGGUAGAUAGGGUGGACGGCGUCAAAGUUAAUGAAUUAACUGAGAAAAUCAAAUAUCAUAUGAGCUAUAAAGUAGAAGAUCCUCCAUACCACGAUCCGAUGAAACCAAGAGAAUCUUUCGAGAGUAAAUUGAAGGCGUUGAUAAAUCAAGCACCAUGCAUGCUGUUUAUGAAGGGGAAUCCCACAAAUCCACGAUGUGGCUUCUCCAGAACAAUUGUUUCCAUUCUAGAUAAUUACAAUACAGACUACAAGUCGUUUGAUAUAUUACAGGACAAUGAUGUUAGAGAAGGACUUAAAAAGUUUAGCAAUUGGCCAACAUAUCCACAGUUAUAUAUUAAUGGAGAGCUAAUUGGCGGUUUAGACAUUGUGAAUGAGAUGAACGAAUCAGGCGAGUUAGAAAGUUUGCUACCAAAAAAAGAAUAAUAAUGCAAAGUAGAUCGCUAUCUUUUUAAAUGGAAGUGUGUACUGUGUCAAUUUUCAAGCGUAAUUCUUACGCAUACAUAACGAGAUAUUUUUAUUCUAAGCAACUGUUAUUUUAAACAUUAAAGUCUUUCAAAGUUUUUUC